AUGCAGAUUUUAAAAGUAAUAUUCACUGAAUAAUUUUUAAAUUUAGUUAUAAGUGUUUUUUGGAAUAAAUUAAUUUUUCCUUAUUUAUGGAAUGAUUAACGUUAUAACUUUAGGUAUGAAUUAAACUAACUAAACUUACUAGUGCAAAAAAGCAAAGUAUGCAAGUUAUAGUUUGGUAAGGAACAUUCAACUCUGUCUAUAAUUAAGAAUCAUUUGAACAAUUGCUCUAUGCUAAAAUAUAAUUUACAAUUGGUGUAUACUUUGAGACAGAAUUAAUUAUUGAUAUGCUGCAAAACCUCCUCCAUUUCACAGCCUCAGCAAUUCCUUGCAGCCAUCAAACAAUUGAUGAAAUCAAAAACACAUUAACUAAUACAUGA